AUGAGCACCAUGGCGAUGUCGGCGCUGAACCCGGACGCGCCCAUGUUCAUCCCGGCGGCGUUCAAGAAGGUGGAGGACUACUCGCCCGAGUGGUGGGAGCUGGUCAAGACCACCGCCUGGUUCCGCGACCACUGGUUCCGCCAGCACCAGCUCUACGAGGACCUCGCCGACGACGUCGACGUGGACGACGUCGCCGCCCUCCUCCCCGACGACUCCGUCGACCUGCUCGACGCCGACGACCUCUUCUACUCCCCGCCGUCGCCCCAGCCCCAGCCCGACUUCUACCACUACAAACCAGCAGCCUGGGCGCCGAUGAGGCACGCCGAGAAGCCGGCGCAGCACGUCGGCCCCAGGGCCGGCGGCGGCGCCCGCCGCGCCAUCCACCAGCCGCGCUAG